AGUUACCCUGUCCCUCUGCAGCUAACUAAGCCAUCAAGAUCCAGACAGGGCAAAUUCCCUCCCAGGCAUGAGGGCCAGCUCCCCAUCCUGAAAAACCUGUCUGCCACUCCACCCCCUGAGGCCAUAGGGCCCUAGGGGCAGGUUGAACAGGAUUCCCUCCGGCCCCUCCCACCCCCAGAACAAAAUCAGUCACCCUAAGGGGCAGGGGUAUCACUUGCCUUAGGAAGCCAGUCUGCCAGCCCCAGCUCCCAGCUCAGCUAUGGCAUCCCUGCUACCAAUUUGGACCACCUUGCCUUUGAUCACGACUCUGCUGGCUCUUCUGGCCCCGAGGGCUGCAGCCAACUUCAACAUCUCCAGCCUUUCCGGUCUGCUGUCCCCAGCGCUAACAGAGAAUCUGCUAGUUGCCUUGCCCCCCUGUCACCUGACAGGGGGCAAUGCCACACUGACGGUCCGGAGAGCCAAUGACAGCAAAGUGGUGAAAUGUAGCUUUGUGGUUCCUCCAUGCCGUGGACGCAGGGAACUGGUGAGCGUGGUGGACAGUGGGGCUGGCUUCACGGUCACCAGGCUCAGCGCAUACCAGGUGACAAACCUCGCACCAGGAACCAAAUACUACCUUUCCUACCUAGUGAUGAAGGGGAUGUCCACUGAGUCCAGUAAAGAGAUCCCCAUGUUCACACUUCCUCGAAAGAAAAAAGAAUCCAUUGGGCUGGGAAUGGCCCGGACAGGAGGCAUGGUGGUCAUCACAGUGCUGCUCUCAGUCGCCAUGUUCCUGCUGGUUCUGAGCUUCAUCAUCACCCUGGCACUGGGUGCCCGAAAGUGAGGAGGCACAGGCUCCACCAGGAAGUCCAGGGCACAUCCGUCUCUCAGCCCAGGGUUUAGCCUUCAGCUCCUGCCCCUCUCCUGAGGACUGUAGGCUCCCAGGCCUCAGUCAACUCAGUCAACCAACUUUGGCUCCUAUGUUCCCCUCCUCUCCCUGAUUGUCUCCACUGAAGGCCUUUCCUCCCUGUGUCUCUUUGGUCCCCCAAUGCCUCACCUUUAGCCAACACUCCCUAUUAUUCCCCUUAUCCUAUCCCUGUCCUAUCAUAACUGACAUUUUUCCCAUUUGACCACUUUAAUCCCCACCAACAAUUCAGCACUCCCUGGGUAAACUAAGUUGCUACAAUAAA